AUGCCGGCCAACUUCAAGCGGCGCUUCAGUCUUUUGGAUCGCUUUCACGAUCACCUCCACAUGGGGCCCCGCAAGAAGAACAAGCCGAAUCCCCAGGCGCCGCCCGCUCAAAACGCCCAAGCUCUCGAAGACCCAAGCCAGCCGUCACCCGAGGCGGUAGGGGCGUCGGAAUCCGCGCAGCCACAGGGCGAAGCGGCCAAGCCUGAUGAAAGCAGAAAUACCCAGUCUGGUGGCCCGCGCAAGGGCUCUGCUACAAGGAAGAGUUGGUACAGCGGGGGGAGCUGGAAAGCAAAGGCCUCGCCUAUAGCCCAGGUCGCGAAAGAAAGUAUAUCCUCGGCUGCGGGUGGCAUUACUUCCGAUACCUCUAGCCAAGCGAGCAAACAAGACGCAACGCCCGGCAUUCCGGCCAAACUGCUGCCAGGCGGAAUGAGACGGUCAAGCAAGAGUACCGCAUUGGCAGCCUCGACCACAACGGUAAACGCAACCUCCUCCCACGCCAACGACUCGAAGACCAGUCUGGUAUCAGACACGAAGAAAGCCGUCAAAGAGGGAGAGGCCGAUCCACCUCUGCCACCAGACCCGGUGGGUAAUGAUGCCAAGCCGACUGCAACUGUCAAAGAAGACAUAACUCGAGAAACCGAAGGGCCAAAGCCGGAGAAUAAAGAGGUCAAGCCUGCGUCGGGUUCAUUACGUGGCUGGUACGGAUGGUGGUCCAGACCUGAAAAUUAUCAGACGGAAAGCAAUGAUGCCAAGACACCGGACAACCAGGUAUCGGCAGACACAGAGGGAGCACAGCAAGUUCCUCUCCCUGAGGAUACGCCUAUGGAAGAGGCUCCUGGACCUGAUAGCGGACCAGGCGAGAGUGGUGAAAUGCAGACAGGUCCUGAUCCAAAUCAAUCUAUGGAGAAUGGAGUCCCAACACAAGAUGAUGGCAGUCAACAAGGCAUGGUGAGCAAAGGUUGGUUUUGGAUAUGGAGUGCAGCGCAAAACGCACGAUCAACAGCUGCCGCCAUGGCAGGAGCCAGACAGGAGCCCAAUGCUACUACUGCUGAAGAGACUGACACUUCGGAGAAUGCGGCGGGCACAGAGCCACGAGAUAUUCCGAAAGCGACCUCACAAGAAGUCACGCAAGAAGACCCAUCGGACAAUGCUCAGAAUGCCGCGCAAACAAGCGAAGCUGAGCCCCAACAAAUUCCAAAGAAAUCUACAGGGUGGGCCUUCUGGUCGCGGGCUCAGGCCAAAGACGAUAGCGCAUCUGAGGCGGGCUCGACUCACAAACAAGUCGGCGAACUUGCUGUGGCCGACACGCCUUCAGCAUCCCAUCCCGAGGCAGCACAGUUUAACGAACACGAGGAAGAGCAAGCGAAGGAGCAGACCAAAGCGCCCGUGAGGGCAUUGUCACUGCGUGGACGUCGGGGUAAAGGUCCAAAUGCUGACGGCAAGCCAACCACGCCAGUAAAGACUACACCAUCGCACAGCCCUGCCCGGAGUGCUACUGAGGCCGCUAAAGUUGGGGAGACUGCUCCUGUGACUCCAGCAACACCAACAACUUCCAAACAAGCCCAGAAAUCCCAGGCAAAUCCGAACUUAAUCUUACCCGAGUUUCGUAGCACAUAUUCCCUUUCACAAAUGCCUUCCUACUGGGAUAAGGUUCGACGCUAUUUCCUUGGGGCCGGUGAACCGGAAUCGCCACAUCUUCAUAUUGAGAGAGAGCCUGCACGUAUACAAAAAGCUCUAGCAAUCGGCGUCCACGGCUAUUUUCCUGCGCCUCUAAUACAGAAAGUCCUUGGUCAACCUACAGGCACGUCCAUACGCUUCGCUAAUGCCGCGGCAACAGCUUUAAGAAGCUGGACUGAAUCUCACGGUUAUUCAUGUGAAGUGGAAAAAGUCGCCCUCGAGGGCGAGGGAUUCGUCUCUGAUCGAGUUGACACAUUGUGGAAGUUGCUGCUGAAUUGGAUCGAACAUAUCAGAAACGCAGAUGUCAUCCUCGUAGCAUGCCAUUCUCAGGGCGUACCGGUGGCAAUCAUGUUGGUCGCAAAAUUGAUCCAAUUCGGGUGUGUAAAUACGACAAAAAUUGGAGUAUGCGCCAUGGCAGGAGUCAAUCUGGGCCCGUUCCCAGAGUACAAGAGUAGGUUUUUCGGCGGAAGUGCUGGUGAGCUAUUCGAGUUUUCCAGACCAAAUAGCGUCGUUAGCCAGAAAUACCAGGGCGCGCUAAGGGUUGUGUUGAGUUAUGGCGUCAAGAUUUUGUAUGUUGGUAGCAUCGACGACCAGCUGGUAUCUCUAGAGUCUUCGACUUUCUCCAACAUUUCCCAUCCAUACAUCUACCGCUCCGUCUUUGUCGAUGGCCGCAUUCAUGCGCCAGAUUUCAUAACGCACCUCGUCGGCUUCGCGCUUAAGUUACGGAACCUCGGCCUUCCCGACCAUGGCCUGAUCCGUGAACUAUCGCCUGCGCUCGCAGGCUCUCUCUAUUCCGGUGAGGGACACAGUAGGAUUUAUGACGAUCCGAAUGUGUACACACUGGCCGUGCAACAUACACUUGAGACAACAAGCCUACCAUAUGCACUGAAUCCGCCGUUACACAUCAAAGACUUUGAAGGUGUUGGUACCGUGGGCAGCAAUCCAUUUUUCCUGCCAUGGGCUAUGCGUGGUCUACUGGAAGAGGACUUUGUCCGGAAGGAGCUGAGCGCUGAGGUUGAGGGGCUGUUGAAUUUGUUCGAGGAUUGGAAACCGAAUACAAAGCCACUCAAAGAUAUACGCUUCAGGUUGGAGGCAGUACGGAGCAAACUUUGA